AUGCGAUCUCGAGAGAGCGCGUUUCGAGAGAUUCAGUCGCAGUGUAGCAACAUUUUGGCCUUCGCUUGGCUCCGCCAGUCUUUGCUCGGAUCAACCGGCCCGUUAGCCGGUCUGGAGGGAAGCUUGACCCUCCCUUUCCCGUCCUGUGGCGUUCUGUUUGCUGCCUCCGAGCCACCGAUCCGGCUUCAGGUACGUCAAGAAAGGCAGUCCUCAGCCAAUGAUUUUCUGACCUCCGUAGGGGCUCUCUUCGUCCACAAACCUACCGUUGGUAGCCUCACUCUGGCCAACAAGGGUCGGUGCAUGAUGUACCGACGAACACACGAUUUCCCCCCCACCCUCAUCACCACCUCCACAACCGCGACUGGGUUGUCCGAUUGCCGAAGCCAAAAAGUGAACAAAAGAGAAAGAGAGAGCAAAAUAGAUGAGGAGAUGCAAAGAGAGGAAGAGAGCGCUGACGGGAGACUUUCCGAGACAUUAGCUGCAAAAUUAUCGUUGGCCCUUGCGACUCACGCCUCGGGAAGAGGGCGGGGGGCGAGAAAUGUUUCUGAUGAAGGGUGGACCGUGCCGGUCUGUCGAUGCUUUCUUCCGGUGGCUGAAAUGCUGUUGCUAGGAGAGUAG